GAAACGUCAUAACGUACACGUCGGUCCCCUAAUGCUGACGUGUUUCCUUUCGGUUCAGGGCCUACUGUCCUUUAGUCGUAGCGAACUGAUUGCAGGUAGCCACCGAAAUGAGUACUAUGUUUGCGGACACCGUCCUCAUUGUUUUUAUUUCGGUUUGCACCGCGUUACUGGCAGAGGGUAUAACAUGGGUUUUAGUUUACAGAACAGACAAAUACAAGAGGUUGAAAGCAGAAGUGGAAAAACAAAGUAAAAAAUUGGAAAAGAAAAAAGAAUCUAUCACAGAAUCUGCUGGACGCACUCAAAAGAAGAAAAUAGAACGUCAGGAAGAGAAAUUGAAGAACAAUAAUAGAGAUCUGUCCAUGGUUCGAAUGAAAUCUAUGUUUGCAAUUGGAUUUUGUUUCACAGCUUUAAUGGGCAUGUUCAACUCAAUAUUCGAUGGACGAGUAGUUGCAAAGCUACCCUUUCUUCCACUGUCAUAUAUACAGGGGCUAUCACACAGGAACCUGUUGGGUGAAGAUUACACUGAUUGCUCCUUUAUUUUCCUGUAUAUUCUGUGCACCAUGUCAAUCCGACAGAAUAUCCAGAAGAUGCUGGGUCUUGCUCCAUCCCGAGCUGCUACCAAACAGGCUGGGGGAUUUCUAGGACCACCACCACAGGCUGGAAAAUUCUCAUAGAUCAAAUGGAAACAUCCAUGGAUAACCGAGAAGUAUUUUGCCUCGGUCAAUUCUUCACAUAUUGUUCUAUGGAUUCCUUUUAAUGUCUUGGAUCUGGAAGCCUUUUUUAUUAUUAUUAAAGAUCUGAAUGUUUUUUCCCC